AACGGGCCCUUGCCCCGGCUGAUGGUAGGGAUAAGCUCCAAUUAGGUUGCUGGAGGGAACCUAGCCACAAAUGAAGUUCUCUGGUCACCGGUUAUAGGAGAGUUGAGUCAGUGCCUUGCUAUCCACUGCAUUCUUCUAAAUCUCAGGAGUGAGGGGUAGAGAUGAGUACUUUGUUUUGGAAAAGAAGUGAGCUUUUCUUCCUCAUUCUCUAUGCAGUAGCAUUCUAUGCUAUCGUCAUUCAACGAUCUUUGUACUUAUCACAUGAUCAUUCUAGAGAACUUUAUGGUCUUCGUCGAGGGUGGAUGUUUAAUCGCUUAAAUGAUCUUUCUGAUGCACAAUGGAGAAACUUUCAUGGAAAUUUACCCAUUCUUACCUUUGUUUUGGGACUUUUCACUUUUGGAGCAAAUACCCUGAGAAGCCAAUUUUACUUGAAAGCGAAGGAGAUGUCAGUUGUCUGGUUUUUAAUAUCGUUGGCAUACAUAUUACAUUUACAUGGAGCAUGUGUAGUGUUUGUCCUCUCAAUUGCCUCAGUGAACUAUUUCCUUUCAAAGAUUUUGGCAAAAUCAAAAUCUUACCUAUAUGUGCUCUGGAUUUUCAACAUAUCAAUUCUCUUGUUGAACCGCAUCUAUGACGGAUACUCUUUCUCUUUAUUUGGGAAUCACUGGGCAUUUUUGGACAGCUAUCGCGGCUCCUUUCGAUGGCAGAUAUGCUUUAAUCUUGUUGUUUUACGAAUGGUAAGUUUUGGAUGCGACUAUUAUUGGUCAGUAAAGGAAACUCAGUUUGACCAAAAGAAACACAUAGUAUGUUGUUCCAUUUGUUCUUCUGGAAAGGCGUGCUACCACUUUCUUCAGGAAAGAGGACUUCACUCUCGCCAAUACUCAUUCAUAACAUAUCUUGCCUACUUACUAUAUGCUCCACUUUAUAUUGCUGGACCAAUUGUGAGCUUUAAUGCAUUUGCUUCACAGCUAGACGUACCUCCGAGGAGCCACUCAGUUGGAGAUGUGGCUUUCUAUGGAUUAAGAUGGGUUCUUUGUUUUGUUUUAAUGGAAACAAUGACUCACUUUUUUUAUUACAAUGCCUUUGCAACUAGUGGCUUAUGGAGGCAAUUGUCACCUCUGGAGAUCUUCAUUAUUGGAUAUGGGGUUAUAAACUUUAUGUGGCUGAAGUUCCUAGUUAUCUGGCGCUAUUUUCGGUUUUGGUCAUUGGUUGCAGGAAUCGAGACCAUUGAAAACAUGCCAAAGUGUAUAAAUAAUUGUUAUAGUUUGGAGACCUUUUGGAAGUGCUGGCAUGCAUCUUUCAAUAAAUGGAUUGUUAGAUAUAUGUAUAUUCCUCUUGGUGGUUCUCACAAAAAGCUCUUUAAUACGUGGAUUAUCUUCACUUUUGUUGCAUUAUGGCAUGAUCUGGAGUGGAAGCUUAUUUCGUGGGCAUGGCUCACCUGUAUUUUUUUUAUCCCAGAAAUAGCGAUCAAAUCAUCAGUUUCUUCAUUUACAUCUAGAAGUGCUACUGGCAAGUUAUUUCUUCGUGAAAUGAGCGCUGUAGCAGGGGCCAUUACCAUUACAAUGCUUAUGGUAGCAAAUCUUGUUGGCUAUGUUAUCGGACCAUCAGGAACAAGUUGGUUGAUUUCCCGAUUAGUUCAAAAGGAUGGUUUUCCAGUUCUUGGUUUCAUAUUUCUGUCAUUCUAUGUGGCUGUCAAGCUUAUGUUCCAUAUCAGAGAUAUUAAGCAAAAUACCAAGCAAAUCUAGACCUUUUGGAGUAUAAUUCUUUAGCAUUUGCAGCAAGUUCUGAGUUCAUUGAUCCUUUCCUAUAUUUCUCACUUCCAUGGUUGGUUCUGGUUUUGUGACAAACUAUCCUUGACGACCAAACUAUAUGGUUAUAUAUAUAUAUAAAAGAGAAUUUGAUUCUUAAUAGAACAUAAUGAAAAAAAAAAUUUAUGUAGCCAACCCCCAUAGUAGGGUAAAGAUUUGAUGUUGUUGUUGCUAUUAUUAAUUUAUUAUUGUUGUUGGUGUAUGUUACAAUUGAAUGUCAAUUUUAUAAUUUGAUCGAAUAUUGAGGCUCUUCGGGAGCAAUUAGAAGUUUU